AUGUACACGUGCGGAAACCGCAAAGUUAUUCCGAACAUGCCGGAUUUGAUCCUGCGAAAGAUCUUCGAAGAGUACGAUUAUAAAGUGCUCUGCAAAAUGGAAAGAGUCUGCAAACGGUGGAUGAACAUCAUAAGCAGCAAGUUCCGAAGGGAAAUCCACGAGGUUUCCAUCGAAAGAGUGAGUUUCCCUCGCGUUUCCGUCCGCUUUAUCCGGUCCUUUCCAGCUGGGAUCCAUCUUCCCGAAGGCUUACCAAUGCGUUCCUUUCCGUCGAUUAACCAUAAGUUGUCCAGUCGAUUCGCACGAUUUCCUUGCCGGCGUGUACCGUCGGAGCCGUCUGUCACUCAUGAAAAUGACGACGGACAUCAACUUUUUGGCUGGAAUCGAUCAAAUCCACGUGGCAAAAGACUCUGCUCGCAGAUAUUUCUCGAACGUCGAAGAUUUGUGGCUUCUGAUGAUCCACCCUGACGACAACCUCACUGAGAGAUUCCUCGCAAUUGAAGGAAUGCUCUUUAGUGUAAGAAUGCCUAUUUGGAAAGUUAUUUUAUCGAUUUUGUUCAGGAAUUGAAUCAACUGACUCUGCAAGUGCACGUCAGUCCCCGAUCGUAUCGAAAUGUGUCGGAAAUCGUGAAAAGCUUCAUCCUCCGUUAUCCGAAAGCGAAUAUAAAUCUGGAAUUGCACGCCGAGAAGGCGAUGCACAUUCUCAACCAAAUCAGUGUUCUCCCCUCGUUGCCGCUCUACAAAAUCAAACUGAUCUGCACUGAUUUCGAUCAGCCACAGCUGAGAUUGGACCAGUUGUAUUCGGUGAUGAGGGAACAGAACAUUCAGGCGAAAAACAUAACCAUGAGGUACUCCUCUGAUCUUCUGGAACUCCCUCAAUCUCCUCUUUUGCAGGGACUGGUCCCUCUUCGCCGACGGCACCACUCCCGUCUCCUAUAAUCCCCUCGACACGUUCAGAAUAUCCUCCUGCUCCAUCGAAACAGUUGAUAAUCUCGUGCGAAGUCUCCAGAUGACCGCAUCCCAAUCCACUGCUGUCGAAGGAGUUCCGCCAGCGAAAAAGAAGAAAGUGGUGAAGAAAAAGAAAGAAACGGAAGUGAUAACUCAAGAAGGACUCGCCCCGAAGCCGAAAAAGAAGAUUGUGAAGAAAGUGGUCAAGAAGAAGAAGCCGUUGCCGUACAUCAAGAAGCUGGAGAUCGCUGGACAGUGCACUCUUCACGGUCUCACUUUCUUGCAGGUAAGCACUCGAAACCACGUGAUUCCCACAAUUCCCAUUUCCAGCAAAAAGCGCACACAGAACUGGAAAGGCGUCUUCAUACCGUCAUCCCCGAGCUCGAUGUCGACUGUUCGGAAAUAUAUUAUUGCUGGUGA